AGGUGCAAUAUAAAACUCUUUAGGGGGAAGUGCUUACCUGAGCACCAAGGCAAGCCCCCUAGCCCCGAUUGUUGCCUUGCUGCCUAGUGACCCUCUUGACGCCCAUCCUUGGUGUGGGAGAUGACCCGUGACAAAUAGCUGACUUAGUUGCGAAAGAUGCUAGAAGUAGCUUGGAAGCCAUGAACUUCAUAUGUAUUUUGCCCCAACCACCCUCGGCCUGUACCGUAGCUUUUGACAAGAAAAAUUAUCUAUUUUUGUAAAAACUUAAACUCUGAUUCUGUUGGUGAUGUCCCAGCCAAUACUCUUAUUUUUAUAACUAACGCUUAAGUUGCUUCUUUCGCUAAAAAAAAAAAUAAAUAAAGAAAAAAAUCUCGCGUGGUCUAAAAAUACAGUAUACCAAAAUAUCUCCCCCCAAAUUUCCCACCCUCCCAAAAUAUCAGCUCAGCUAACUCGCGAAAAACAGAAACAGCAAAGUUAGUUAAGAUUUAAGAACAGAAACUACGCCGGAAAUUUCAAUUUCCCGAUGAUUCAUCGCCGGAAACCCUAAAAAUCCGAUCAGAUCCACAGAAAUGAGCCGUAAAUCAGUCAACAAACGAGAAAAAAUCGAUCGAGUUACGAUAACGACGACGACGAUGAGAGUGAAAAAGGUGGAGAAGAGAUUAUUGAAGUACGAUGAAUUGCCGGAUUAUAUGAAAGAUAACGAUUUCAUCUUAGAUUAUUAUCGUUGUGAAUGGCCAUUGAAAGAUACAUUUCUCAGCGUUUUUUGUUGGCAUAAUGAAACGCUCAACAUUUGGACGCAUUUGGGAGGGUUUUUGAUAUUCGCGGCGAUGGCGGUGGCGACAUUGAUGGAGAGUUCAAAGGGUGAUGGAGCUAUUUCCAAUUUUCUGAGGACUUCUUUCAUCGCAACACCAUUGAUGACAAUGUUGACAAUGAAUCGGAACAAUGGCUCGAGAAAUACGACUCAGGGUGGACAUCAUGGGAACUUCUCAGAGUCCUCACUGUUAGACACCAGCGCAGAAGGCACUGAACUCGUACCACUGUGGCCUUGGUUCGUCUUUCUAGCAGGGGCAAUGUGUUGCUUGGUUUUCAGCUCUGUCUCUCAUCUCCUUGCCUGCCAUUCAAAGCGCCUGACCCGCUUCUUCUGGAGUCUUGACUAUGCCGGCAUCUCAGUCAUGAUAGUCUGCUCUUUCUACGCCCCAGUUUACUACUGCUUCUAUUGCCAACCUUUGUUUAGCCUUUUCUAUCUCACUUCCAUCACCAUUCUUGGCAUUCUUGCUAUUAUCACCCUCUUCACUCCCUCUCUCGCCCAACCUCAAUUCCGUGCUUUUAGGGCCUGCCUCUUUCUUGGAAUGGGCUUCUCUGGGCUGAUUCCUUCGGUUCAUGCAACUGCACUCCAUUGGGAUCAUCCACAGCUGUUAGUAGCCCUUGGGUAUGAGGUUCUUAUGGGUAUCUUAUAUGCCACCGGAGCUUGGUUUUAUGUCAGCAGGGUUCCUGAACGAUGGAAACCAGGUUUCUUUGAUCUUGCAGGACACAGUCAUCAGAUCUUUCAUGUGUUUGUUGUCGGAGCGGCUCUUACUCAUAGUGCAGCCAUUAUGAUUCUUCUGCACUGGCGACAGGGCACGCCUACUUGUUUGUAGUUGGUAAACAACAGAUAACAGCAGCAAAAAGUUCAGCUGAUUGGAUUAUAAUCAGGAACUUGUAGCAGAUAUAUCCUUCAUUCUUUAAAGGAUUUAGAUAGAAGUACUGAAUCGAUUGUCACUCAAAUUUGUAAAUGUUUAAUUGAUGUGGUCUUGAUUCUUGAAGAGGAGGAUAAUGAUAAAUACUUUUGUUUCAAGAAACAUCAAUUAGCUGUAGGUAAAUUUCGUGCUUCAUUUUUUAGUGUAUGAAUAAUGUAAUACUCUGAGCUCAAUGCAAGUAUCAUAGAUAUAUACGAAGUA